AUGCUACAGAUCCACCUGUCACUCCCUACUUCUCCUUCCACACUCCUUUCUCCCGACGUCAUUUGGACCGUCGUCAACGAAGUCGAGAAGGGCCAGGGUUCAGGAAAAAUAGGGAAUUCCACUUCUCCCUCCUCCUCCUCCCCUCUUCUUAUCUCUCUUCCUCUAGACAUGUUCUCCGAUUUGCCAAGUCAGUUGGCUAUCGCGUCAAAUUCCACCCAAGUCGCAGUAACUGGAGACAUUGUUCUCUUUGCCGAACCACUCACCAUUUUCAAUCUAUCGGCGGCUGAAGCUAAUAGUGGGAAUAAUACUACAGAUUUGAGUUCCAGUCUUCUGCUACUCCUUAUUGUAUGCGUGCUCAUUCUCCUGCUUGGAAUACUCCUUUUGCCAGCGAGAUUGGGAAUAUUUUAUUGGCAGCGAUUCUGCUCCUUCUCAAUUUCCAGAUCGGUAAAGAGUCGUCGCUCGCGCAAGUUAACUGCCGCAACAAAGAAGGCAUUGAAACAGUUGCCGGUGAAGUGUCUUAAUCAAGUGGAUCCACUGAUCUCUGAGGGCUUCGACCAAUGUGCAAUCUGCAUCGAGCUCUUCAAACCACAGGACUUGAUUCGCAGUCUACCUUGCAGGUACUUCAUCUCCUUCAUGCAUUUACUCGUAAUUAUGUUAAUUAUGAGUUGCCUUUUUUGUAAAGUUUGCUCAUCGUGUGUAUCGACUUUUCUCGUCUUCAGCUUGGUGUCAUCUCGAAUUUCUGUGCUAGCUUACUAA